AUGGCAGCUGGGGCAGCGCCAGAGCAGCAGGACGCCAGCCAUGGCGGCGGCUCGGCGGAAUGGAGGGUGAACGUUCCGGACGACGGCGAGCACGACCAUGCCAAGAGCAGCAGGUGGCGGUGGGCGUGCUGCUCGCCGCCGUCGUGGUCGUGGCUCUUCUCGUGGAUGGCCGCGCCGAGGGACAGGGUGACCAGGUUCGGCAAGAUGGUGUGGAAGGUGGGCGCCGACGACCCGAGGAGGGUGGUGCACGGGCUCAAGGUGGCCCUCGCGCUCACCCUCUGCUCCGUCUUCUACUACGUCCACCCGCUCUAUGAUUUCACCGGCGGGAAUGCCAUGUGGGCCGUCCUCACCGUCGUCGUCGUCUUCGAGUACACCGUCGGUGCUUGCUUGUACAAAGGCCUGAACAGAGCCAUGGCGACGGUGGUCGGCGGCUCGCUGGCCCUCGGCGUGCACUGGGCCGCCAGCCGGUCCGGCAAGGAGCUACAGCCAUACGUCCUCACCGGCUCCAUGUUUGUCAUGACUUCGGUGGCCACCUUCUCCCGGUUCAUCCCGACGAUGAAGGCCAAGUUCGACUACGGCGUCACCGUCUUCAUCCUCACCUACUGCCUCGUCUCCGUGUCCGGGUACCGCGCCGACGAGAUCGUGUACCUGGCGCAGCAGCGCCUGACCACCGUCGCCAUCGGCGCCUUCAUCUGCUUCGCCGUCUGCGCCUUGGUGUUCCCGGUCUGGGCGGGGCAGGAGCUGCACCUCCUCGUCGCGCGCAACAUGGACAAGCUCGCCGCCGCCGCCGAGGGCUGCGUCGAGGACUACUUCUCCGACCCCGCCGACGCCACCGCGGGGGCGAGGCGGGCGCUCUCCGAGAAGUCAGGCUGGUACAAGCUCGUGCUGAACGCCAAGGCGAACGAGGACUCGCUGGCCAACCUGGCCAGGUGGGAGCCCGGCCACGGCAGGUUCGGCUUCCGGCACCCGUACGGGCAGUACCAGAAGGUCGGCGCCGCCAUGCGCUGCUGCGCCUACUGCGUCGACGCCCUCGCCGCCUGCGUCGGCUCCGAGUCCCAGACGCCGCCGCACGUCAAGAAGCACCUCGCCGGCACCUGCCUCGCCCUCAGCCGCCACCUGGCGGCCGUGCUCCGCGAGGCGUCGGGCUCCGUCACGUCCAUGACGCGGUCCGGCCGCCUCGGCCUCGUCGUGGCGGACAUGAACGCCGCCGCCCAGGACCUGCGGGACGAGCUGAGGUGCCUGGCGGCAGUGCUGGAAGGAGGACUCGAAGACGAAUCGUCGUCGGAGGCAGAGCACGAACUGAUCAACUCCGCGACGCCGCCGCUGAUCGAGGCGCUGCCGCUCUUCAGCGCCGCGUCGCUCCUGCUGGAGGUGUGCGCGAGGGCGGAGGGGGUUGUCGGCGCCGUCGAGACCCUGGCCACGACGGCGAGGUUCAGGAAAGCCGACCACGACGAGAAGGCGGCACUGGACACCGAGGCGUCCGUGUCAGUCUGCACAAAAAACCUGGUCGACGCGGACGUAUCGCAAGAAAUACACGUCAAGAUCGCCGGCGAGCAGGAGAAGGCGGAGACGGGUCACAAUGCCAACGCGAGCUCCGGCAAUGCGCCGCGGGACCAGGUCGGGGAGCUGAUCAAGGUGCUGAUGCGGCGACGGAGCAGCAAGAAAUGGUCGAGGGCGGACACCAAGGUGAGCCCCAAGCCGCCGCUGGACCUGGCGGUGACCGUGCCCAUCCCGCGGAACCGCGCGAUGGAGCUCGCCGGCCACGGGCCGGUGGGGCCCAGCCCCAGGAACCGACCGGUGGAGCUGGCUGGGCACCCGACGGCCAUGCCCAGCCCCAGGAACCGCGCGGUGGAACACCCCGGCCACGCGCCGGCGGUGCCCAGUCCGAGGGUCCGGUCGAUGGACUUCGCGAGCCAUGGAGCCGCCGUGCCGAGCCCCAGGAACCGGUCCAUGGACUUCGCGGCGCACGCGCCCGGCCAGCGGAGCCGCUCCAUACUUGGCAUGGCCUGA